AUGACAUCCUCCAACUGGACAGCUCAGCUUUCACUUUGGCAGGAGAUUGUCUCUCAAUUUCACGGAGGGAGCAGGCCACUUGACCAGCAUUACGAUUUUAUGCGAACGCGUUUCGAUGAACUUGAUGCGGAAGGAUUUAUUUGGUCAAGAGAAUCAAUCCUUGAUACCUUUCUUCAACUCGGUUUGUCAGCCAGGACACAUGGAGCCUCCUUGUCUGUCAACAAUGUGACCGAACCUCACCUUUCUCAAGGAGUCGAAAUUUCAUCUGAUGAAGUUCAAGAAGUUAUUCACAAUGAUCAAUUGCAACACCAGUCCCGUCGUGUAGGCCUCAUGGAUCUACCAAUCGAAAUCUUCUACGAGAUACUCGCACAGAUUUAUCACCUCCCAAGCAAUCUAGUACACGACAGAAGGGCGCAAGCUGAAGUGAAUAUCACAGGUCCAGGUGACAUGGCGCCAUACUGGACCUACUUGUACCGAGAUUCGCCAAUCUUGAGUCCCACCCAAAGCUUUUCACUCACUUCGCGUGAAAUAUAUCGACGUUGUAAACCAUGGCUAUGGCAAAGAUUAAUCUUCCCGACUGCUUUUCCAGCACCGGUAAAUCUUUGGACCAAAGACAUACUUCUCAAACAAGGCUCACAUGUGCAAUCUCUAUCACUCAGACUUUCCGAAAACUGCUAUAAACCUCCCGGUGAAUUCAUGCACUAUGAUCCCUUUUAUGAUAAUCUCGCCAUGGAAUGCAAUCCGGAUCUCGAACCAAUCUCGCCACAGAAUGUGAAAGAUUUGAUAGUAUCUAAAGAUCAGCCAACACUUGACGGUUCCUUUGGGUUUAAGCUAUCUAAACUCAAAUAUCUAUCGCGGUUGGAAUUAGAGGACGUUGGAUAUGUAGAUGAAAGUUGGUGUCUCCGCGAUUGGCCAGAAAAAAUUACCGAUCUUGAAAUUAUCCGUUGUGCUGACUUAAAACCAAGUGCAGUACAGCGAAUCGUUCAUCACAUCGCACCUCACCUAACCAGUCUCACGCUUUACUUUGGCUAUGGGAGUGAUGAUAGAUGGGAAAUGGAACCUAGCUGGAAUCCCGCAAGCCACCUGUCCUUUCCAUCCCUGACCGACUUGAAGCUUUCUACUCGGGACCCAUAUUUCCUAGCCAGCUUUCAAGACUGUAAAUCUCUGCGUUAUCUUGAAUGGCCCUGCAAAACAUUGAAGCACGUCAGGGUAUUGAAGAACAACUUGUUGGAAGCUACUUGGCCUCAGAUCAAGAGACUAGAAGGCCGGGGUUAUCGUCUUUCGCUAUCUGACCUUCCAAACCAAGAAAUCGAGGAUGAAUUACGUUUGUUGGAAAAUUGUUGUAGACAAAUGAAUGUGCAAGCAAUCAUACGCCGCCCCGUGAAUCAACAAACAUAUGCCAGAUUGACUUUUAUAAGCUUACUUUUCCCUUCAUGUAUGAGUGAGACGAAGAAAUUGAUUCUCACUCCUGGUACAAUUCAUCGUGUUUUACUGAUUCAGGCAGAAGCACAGAGUCAAAAAAUCAUAUUUAUACAUUUGAUAAACAGAAAUUGGAAAUGA